GUCGAACUCGGAAGUGGCGGUGUCGACCUAGCGAGCGGGCGGGCGGAAGAGGAGACCGCUCUGGCGGAGACGGAAACCGGGUGGGCCACGGGGCGAAGGAUUGGCGAUGGAGGCGGCUCCUUGGACAGCCAGGGUCAAGCUACAAUGCGGCAGAUACUUCCAUAAAGGGCCUAGAAGAAACUUCCUCCUUAAAAGCCUGAAAACCCAGCACAUGUAACACCUGUACUUGUGGAUAUAAACUGACAAAAUGGCAGAAAAUAAUACUAAAAAUGUAGAUGUGAGACCCAAAACAAGUCGGAGUAGAAGUGCAGACAGAAAAGAUGGUUAUGUGUGGAGUGGGAAAAAGCUCUCUUGGUCCAAAAAGAAUGAACACUCUUCUGAUACCAAUGCACCAGGUGCCACAGAGAAAGCUGAUGUCCCUUUUGGGAACCCAGAGAGGAAGCACAGCUGUUCAUCCAUUGAGUUGGAUUUAGAUCGCUCCUGUGGACACAGAUUUUUGGGGCGAUCUCUUAAACAAAAACUGCAAGAUGCUAUGGGACAGUGUUUUCCCAUAAAAAAUUGUAGCAGUCGACACUCUUCAGUGCUCCCUUCAAAAAGAAAAAUUCUUAUCAGUGAACUCAUGUUAGAUAAGUGUCCUUUCCCACCUCAGUCAGAUCUGGCCUUUCGUUGGCAUUUAAUUAAACAACAAACUGCCCCUAUAACUCCAAAAUCAGAUAACUGGAGAAGCACAGACUUAUCUGAAAGUGACAUGAGGGAUGUCCAGCUGAAGGAAAGAGGUAACAGGGAAGAAAGUAUAAACUCUUUUUCACAUAAUCAGGUUCAGCUGUGUGACAUGGCUACUGACAACCAUUCACAUAAAUGUGAUCCAAAAACUGAUUCUGUAAUGAACCUGACAUCUAAUAACAGUUUAGAAGAUAGUGAUAUGGAUUCAGAUGAUGAAAUUUUAACACUUUGCACAAGUUCUAGGAAAAGAAACAAACCAAAAUGGGAAACUGAUGAUGAAAUGCUGCAGUUGGAAACACCUCCUAAAUACCAUACUCAAAUAGAUUAUGUUCACUGUCUUGUUCCAGAUCUCCUUCAGAUCAAUAACAAUCCAUGUUAUUGGGGAGUAAUGGAUAAAUAUGCAGCUGAGGCAUUACUGGAAGGAAAACCAGAGGGUACCUUUUUACUUCGUGACUCAGCACAGGAAGACUAUUUGUUCUCUGUUAGUUUUAGACGCUAUAGUCGUUCUCUUCAUGCUAGGAUUGAACAGUGGAAUCACAACUUUAGCUUUGAUGCACAUGAUCCUUGUGUCUUCCAUUCUCCUGAUAUUACUGGACUACUAGAACAUUAUAAAGACCCAAGUUCUUGUAUGUUCUUUGAACCACUUUUAUCUACUCCUUUAAAUCGGACUUUUCCCUUUUCCCUUCAGCAUAUAUGCAGGACAGUUAUUUGUAAUUGUACAACAUAUGAUGGCAUUGAUACUCUCCCAAUUCCUUCAUCUAUGAAAUUAUAUCUGAAGGAAUAUCAUUAUAAAUCAAAAGUUAGAGUACUCAGGAUUGAUGUACCAGAACAGUAAUUUCAGGGAGGAUUAGUGGCAUUUGACUGACUGAUCACAAAAAAGCUCUUUCAUGGCUUUUCCAAGUUUGUUUGGGGGUUGUUUGGUUUUUUUGAGGGGGUUUGCCAUUUUGAAAUUUUCUACAAAGGUAGAAUCCAAAUUAAUUUGUGCCCUAACCUUUAUUUCUAGAUCCUUUGAGAGAGAGGUGGGACUGGUGAUACUAUAUUAUUUUGAUAUUACACACUUAAGGUUUUAUGUAUUUUAGGAAUUAAGUCUUCUGAGGUACCUUAUAGCAGUUAUUCUUUAGAUUUAAAUUUCAUUCAUUUUGGGAAUUAUAAUUGGCAGAUCUACUGAUAUGUUUAAAUCAUUCUGUAAGUGGCAAACUGAAAAUUGAGUAUUUUCUAUUUUAUAUGUUUCUUUGAUGUAUUACUGCGGUGUCCACCAUAUAAAGUAUAAUUCUUUGUUAAUUUAGUUCUAACAUUACCACUCCUAUACAUAAAAUAUUGUUUUUU